GCGUAGCCAGGACUUGGACACAUGACUUUUUUUGUUUAUCAAAAACCAAUACAUCAUACGCCCCAGGUCAAAAAGAAAAACUAGAAUUAGCUGAUACUGGUUUAGGAAAGAAAAAGGUUACCUUCUCGCAUGAUGGAGAUGCUGCUCAUGUGACUAAGCAAUUGGAAAAAAUUUAUCCAAAAUUACAAGGAUGUGGAGGUUUUGAGAUACUACGAUCGCAAGGCACCAAAGAAACAUUGCGAUUGCUCAUCCCACCCCAUAGUGGAUAUUCUGUUAUAUCACUGAGGGAUCUUAGCGGCCUUGGGUCUGCUUUAGGAUACAUUAGACCAAUACAGAUGAACCUUUCCACAUCAAAAGUCUCACCACAGGAUCCCAUGAUGUUUCAAUCUAUGGAGUCUUACUCUGUUAAAUGUUUAGGCUGCCUUGAAGAUAUCCCAAUAGACCAAUUACGAGAGCAUCACAAAAAGUGUAUCAGCAGCAACAAUCAGGAGGUCCAUGGUGCAAGUACAAAAAAGGAAUUUUAUCAGGCAAUAGUUGACACACAAGUUCAAAUUGUUCUUGAUGAAAGCCAGUGGGAUAGGUCUACCCCUAUUCAGUUGGAGAACAAGCUGACCCUCAUCCAAUGGCUGUUGCAGUAUGAUGUUUUAAUUAAACGUGAAAAGGCUAUAAAACACUUCGGGAAGGGCUUGGCAACCCUUGGCCUGGUAAGACAUAUGCAAAAAUUUCCAGAGUAUCUUGCACUACUUGGAAAUUUGUGGGAGCAAAAUUCCAGAAACAAGAAUCUCAUCACUAUCAUGCAAGUCAUCUGUUGGUACUGGACCAUCCCAGUCUGUGCCAUAGUCUUCUUGCUGCAAAUAAAAUAUAUAUCAUCAUCAUCAUCAUCAUUAGCCUGUCACACCACUGCUGGCGGAUGGCCUCCACAUCUUUCUCCACUUAUCACGGUUUUGGGCACUCUGGGUUCACGUGCUGCCUGCCUGCCUGCCUGCCUAAAAGUAUAUAUCAUUUUUAGUUAUAUGUUGAUUGUUUUACUAUUAAAAAUAAUAUAUUGAAAUUACAAGCUGAUGUUUUUUAUGUAAGUUGGUGGUUUCAUUUUAAACAUUGGAGGAAAUAACUUUACUCCAAUUUCACUGUGAAAAUCAUCUGGGCCCCUGCCUUCCGUCAGUCCUUGUAGCCACAUUUGCAGUGGGGAUUUGUAAUGCUUAUAGAUUUGUCAUGGGAGACAGAAUUGGAAAUUCAUUUUUUACUGCACCUUCUGUUCCUCGUGAAAUAUCUGAGAUAAUCUCUCUUCUUAAAACUGGAAAAAUCUCUAGGACCAACCAGCAUUCCUAUGAAAAUCUUAAAAACCCUUAUAUCUUCACCUCUUUCUCACAUCAUGAAUGAACCAUUUCAAUCUGGGGUAUUCCCAGACAAAAUGAAGUUGGCCAAGGUAAUUCCAUUGUCUAAGAAAGGUUCUUAACUAGAAGCAUCCAACUAUAGACCUAUUUCUUUUCUUUCUAUCUUCAGCAAAAUCAUAGAAAAAGUCAUGUAAGAACGUCUUUAUAAAUUUCUAGAAAAACAGGAAAUACUUUAUGCUUUAAAAUUUGGAUUUCGCGCUAAUCAUUCAAUUAACCAUGCCCUGGGUAGUUUAACAGAAGCCACAAGAACUCAUUAGAUAAUAAGAAAGUCGGUUGUGGGAUUUAUAUUGACCUACAAAAAGCAUUUGAUACAGUAAAUCAUGAAAUUCUUCUGACAAAGCUUGAACAUUAUGGAAUUCGAGGAACCGUCUUAGACUGGUUAAAAUCUUAUCUCACAGAAAGAAAACAAUAUGUAUCAAUAAAUGGAUCAAACUCAAGUUAUCUGUGUUACUUGUGGAGUUUCACAGGGCCCACUCCUUGGUCCUCUCCUUUUCCUAAUUUACAUUAACGAUUUGCCAUACUGAUCCUCAAACCUAGCCUUCUACUUAUUUGCAGAUGAUACCAAUAUCUACAGUAAAGCUGAUAAUCUUGAUUUGCUUCAAAGAACAGUCAAUAUUGAAUCCAAAAAAGUUAAAGUUUGGCUUGAUGUUAGCAAUUUAUCAUUUAAUAUUGAUAAGAAAGAUUUUAUUACCUUUAAGUCUAUUCAGAACCCCUCCUCUCAAAUAAUCAAUAUCAAUAUUGGAAACUUUCCUAUAAAAAAUACUUCCUAUGUUAAAUUUCUUGGAGUCCUAUAAGAUGAAAAUCUUUCUUGGAAAUAUCAUUUGACUGAGCUUUCUAAAAAACUUGCAAGAAUUUCUGGCAUGUUCUUCAAAGUAAGAAACUUCUUACCAAUAAAUGUUUUGAUAUUUAGAAUUCUUUAUUUUCACUUUUUAAUCAAUAGGGAAUUUUAGUUUGGGGUCUUACAUGUGAAACUUAUACCAAUCCAGUAUUCCUAUUACAGAAACGGGUUAUAACGGCAAUUGCAUUCGAGAAAUUUACUUUGCACUCAACUCCUAUCUUCUCCGCUUUGAAAAUCUUAAAACUGCAUGAUCUCUUUCAACUUAAACUUCUGACUUUUGUGUAUGAAUCUGUCAAUAAAAUCUUCCCUACUUGUUUUCACAACUUGUUUAAAUCUGUGGUGUUCAUUCAUCAAUAUGGUACACAACAGGCUCGCAAGGACAAUAUAUUUUUAACUCAAAUAAAUACCAAUCAAUAUGGUCUCAGAUCUAUACAUCACUGUGGAUCAAAGUGCUGGAAUGAAAUUCCUUUAGAUAUAAAACGGUCACCAUCAGUUUAUAUCUUUUGUCAGAGACUCAAAGCCUUUUUUUUUGAAAAUAAUUAUUGUAGCAGAUUAUGGACAGUAAUCAUCAAUAUUUUCCUCGAAAUGUUUCUAAGUUAUAUUCAUCAACUAAAAUUUUCCUAUAAGGGGGUGGCCUCUCCUCGAUUAGCUCUGCUACUGAGAGACCUCCUUCUCAAAAAUUCCUCUUCAUGCAAAUUUUCUAAAUUGUUGAACCCACUUACAAACUGCGGCAGAGAUUUGUUUAUCCUAGGCAAAUACACAUAGUGCAGAGCAAACAGGUGUGUUUCUUCAGUUGAAAUUAGAAAAUUAAACGAACCUACCUGUAGGUGAAGUUUGAUUGUAAUUCUAUGAGUCAUCGGCCGUGACUGGAGGAGCUGUAUGAGAUACUGUGCGCUAGCCCAUGCGAACCAGCUUUUAGAGCUAAGCAAAUGAAGCAAUGACAAACCAGUGAUAUAUAAAGGAAAAAAUAGGAGGAGCCGGGACGGAAGAAAAAACCAUAAAUAACCGGGACGUACUGUUUGUUUACAAGCUGUGUUUUAAAACUUUUGAGGGCAAAAUAGGCUGCUAGCAGUUCUAAAAAGUUAAUGGUUAAUGUGAUGUAAGGCUUCAACUGGGGACCUUGAUAUGUAUCCAAAGGAAAUUGAGUUGAGUGCGGCUCCCCACCCAGAAAGUGAAGCAUCUGAGUAUAAAGUCAGGUCGGGGGGGGGGUGACCAUGAUAUGUAUCCAAAACUGUCAUCUAAGUUCAAAAGUCACAAUUCUAUAUCAGACAGGGCGAGUUUACUGAGCCCCAUAAUAGCAUCAAAAUCGCCCUGAGAGGUCUUUAACGCCUGUAUUUUAUCAUUUUCCUGUGGGCGAAAAUGUAUUCCCCAAAAGGAACUGCAGGGAGGCACGACACCAUAUAGUCAACAGCUUUUACAGUAUCACGAAUAGACACAGCAUGACAAUGUACUUUUAAAUUUUGCAAGCAUUCCUUUAUCUCUGUUUCACAAUCAGCUGGUAAAUUUAUUGUCAUAGAAAUCGAAUCAAGAAUAAAGCCUAGGAAUUUGAUUUGCUGUUUAGGAAAAAAUUCAGAUUUUCUAGAUGUACUACAAAACCAAAGUCAUUAAAUUGUCUGAAGGUAGAUAGCACAGUAUUAACACAACCUUCAUAUGUACCACUUUGUAAAUGAAUAUCAUCAAUAUAACUUGCAAUAAUGUGUCCCUGUUAUCUUAAUGUAACAGCUAGGGGCUUCAAAAGUUUAGUAAAUUGCCUUGGACAGGAUGCUAAGCCAUUAGGAUAGGCAGUAUAGGCAUACAAAGACAAUUUCAAAUAUCUUUGGCAUGGGGAGUGAAUUCUGACACUGGAAUAUGCGUCUUUAAGGUCAAUAGAAGCCAUCCAGCAGUUUGGUGUAAUCAUAGCAAGUAUGCCUUGAAUAAUGUGUGAGAAGGAAGAACCGCAGGAUUGGCUGUCAGCCGGAUUCUGUGAAUCUUGCAAUGAGAUUUUCAAAUGAAAGAUAUACAGGAACAAAGCAAUACGACGACGAGAAUCCAAUGUCACGAAAUGAAAUUUUCAAAAUAAAUUAAAUUUAAAGAAUAUACUAAUAUUUCGCCCCAGCAUAUAGGGCUUCAUCAGAUUAAAAUCGAUGCUUUGAAUAGUUUCCAUUUUAAAAUGAUGAUAUGCAACAAAAGAAUUUAACUGUUUAAGAUUUAGAAUAAGACGGAUCUUACCGUCCUUCUUAGGUACACAGAAAAUUGGAGAAACGAACUCUCCAUUUUCAUGAGCACAUCGUCUAAGCACAUUUUUCAAUAGCAAAUCAGAGAUUUCUUGCUCAAUUAACGGAGCGUAUUGAUAAGAAAUUGAAUUAGCCGGAUACUGACGUUGAAUUUCAGGGGGUUGAACAAAUUCAAUCAGAUCACCAGAAACAAUUCUUAGUAUAUAAGGAUCUAAGGUUGAUACCUUGUGAAUUACAUUUUCCAGUUCUUUGAGAACUUCUUCCUUCGAUGCUGAAUGGUUGGAGAUUGCCCUGACCUCUGCGGGGAGGGUAACCCCUCCCCCGCUGCGAUAAAUAAGAAUUGUUUUGAGAGGCCGAAUUCCCAAAACGUUGAUAUGGGUUUCGACGGGAGGGUCUUGCAGAAAUAUUUUGAGUAAUAUGGCUCAUUGCCUUGACCUCUCGCAUUGUUUUAGAAAUGUCAUCACCGAAGAGCAGAGUGGGUGGCUUCGUAGUGCAACCACAUGCGGCUUUAUACAUCGGAUUGAUAGAGGGUUGCAUGGCCUCUUUGCAGCGGCAAGAAAGCUCUUUGCAAACAUAACCAAGGAGAGUUAUAGCAUCAAUUUGUUGGGAAACCACAGAUUGGCAAUCAAGGGGAGAUUCGGAUUCCCUGUGCUUCAAAAGAUCAUUUAUCAACAUAGCGAUAGCACCGGAUGCUGUCAAAAUGGCAUCUUGAAGUACCGUAAACCAUUUAUCGGCCGAUUUGACCUCUGGCCUAAUUGCUCCCCAUACUUGUCGGUUAAUCCGAGGUUGAUAAAGCCCUGUGCAAUUCUCAGGAAUUUGAUACUUAUUUCUCAACUGCUUUCGUUGAGCAGACUCAAAUUCCGCAUGAAAUUUCUCAUUUAAAAUUUUAGUCAAAUGGACUGCACCUUUAGGAACCUUUAGGAACUGAAAUUGCAGUAGCCAUGCCAAUUUCCUUAGAGAAAGGCAUCCUGCAUGGUAGUAUUAUUUGGAUCUACCAUAUUGUCUUGGAGAUUGACAUCAUUGUCAAUGUCCUGCUCACCAAAGAUUGUGAACUGGAGGAGGAGUCUCUGAAUGAUGCCCGGCUAUAGAAGGGGCAGGUGCAUGAAAAUUUUCAUCCUCUGUAUUGUGAGGAAGAAGCGAAGUUUGGCAAUUAGGGUUGACAGAAAUAGUAGAAGAAUUGGUCAUAUUGACACGCCUUCGUUUUGCGAUAGGAAAUUCCUCGCCAUAGUCAGAUCCCAACUGUAAGACAUCCUCUUGGGAAAUCUAUCGCGGGGAUCAAAUAACGGUUUUGUUGGGAAACAAGAUGCAGUAGCAAUAGGCCUUUCCCUUUAUUAUGUCAGAAGCCAUGCGCGCGCUAUGAAUUCUGGGUAUGGUAAUUAAAGCGACCUUCCAAGAAGAGAUUUACUUUUUUACUCUGAUCGCUUGUCACAUUUCUCAAUAUUCAAAAUUGAUUCUACUACCGAUAACAAAACUGUUAACGAAGGAAGUCAUAUCCCUAGUCCUUUUCAAGACUCUUGCCAGGGGAACCACAAAGAAACCUUUCGGAAAAGAUGAUGGAAGGUCAUUCAUCUGUUGUGGAAGGGUCAACUAGGCCCAAGCCAGUCGUAUCUUCACCUUAUAUCUUCGAGUAUCAAGCGGAGAUGUAUAAACGCGAGGGCUGGAUAAACGUUUGUUGUUUUUUGUAAAACCGAACUUGAUUCAGAGUGAUAAUACUUUGUUCCUUGUAAGAGCAAGGGUGCAUGCGUCAAUGAAGACCAAUAGUUACAAAGUUUAUGCAAAUCUAGACCAAGACAAAGGUGAUGUAAUUUUUGCAAAGUGCGACUGCAAAGCAGGCCAGGGUGGUUGCUGCAAGCAUGCUGCUGCUCUUUUGUACACCUUAGUUGACUAUGUGAACAUGGACCUACAGAAUGUGCCAAAAGAACUUACCUGUACACAAGUAGGCCAAAAGUGGCAAAUUCCAUCAUCUGUCAAUGGACCAUGAAAGAACGCCUUCAUAUUUGAUUCUUUGGUUUUUGAAAAGGCUGAAGAAGGGAAAAAAAGAAAGAAGCCUUGUCCAAGUGGAGAAAGAAAUUAUUGUGCCACCCCACCUGUUGCAUAUAAGACAAAUCAAGAGGAACUAGUAGAUUUAGUUAAUUGUCUUGAAAUAGCUGGAAAAGCAAAUCUGUUUUGUAAAGCAGUGAAGCCUAGUUGUACCUUGUGAAUUUUUUGAAACUUCCUGCUCAAAGGCUAUCAGUAAAAAAGUACUUUAGGGCAAAGAAGAUGAAGAAAAUUCCUCUUUUAUAUACAUUGAAAGACUAUUUGAGGGUAUCAGCACUAAAGAACCAUCUAGUUUAAGUCUUGCUACUUGCAGAAAUAGUAAGCAGAGUUGGAAUUACUUCUGAUGCAGGAAUCACAUUAUGUAAGAAUACUUUAAAGCAGAAUGAAGAGCAGAUCUGGCACACCGAAAGAGCCAAAAGGAUUACCUCAUCGAUCUUUGGAAGAGUGAUGAAGAGGAGAAAGACCAUCUAUCCAGCAUCUAUUGUAAAGACAAUCAUUGAAAAGAAAGAGAACCGUAGUGGCCUACAACUUUCCCUCAGAUGAGGGGUUAGAAAAGGAGAGUGAUGCUAUAUUAUUAUAUCAAGAACAGCUAGGUCAUGAAUCGAUAGUGGAAAAAUGUGGCCUAGUUGUAAACCCAAUAUGGCCACGGAAUACUGUGGCCCCUGCCCACCCUCGAAACAAUUUUUGUAGAAAACCUUUAUUAACAAUCAUUAAGGAAAAUAUGAAAUAUCUAACAAUCUUAAAAUAUUGAUAGUUAUAUCAUCAAUGUCUGCCACAUCAUUGAAAUAUCAGAUAUGAAAGAAUGCCAGACCCAAGAAACAAAUUCCAGUUUUUCUUUCUCAGUGGAAAAUCAUGAAAAAACUCACUUAAACGUGUAUUGAAAUAUCAGAGUAAAAAUGUGAACAAACUCUUAUUUCUAUUUAUUGAUAUGUAUCGAAACAUUACUCAAAACUGAACUGAAAUCAAAUAUUCUGACCAACUGAUAAUAAAAGUCAUUUCCAUGGAUAGAAUCAGUCAAUAGUAGAAUAUGUAUGUCCUUCAUUAGUUCAAAACAAAACAUAAAAUCAUGGUGCAAAUGCAAUCUUACCAACAUCACUUCUUGAAAUGACAGCUAAUUCUUGAAGGCAUUUAGGUAGACAGACGCCGGAACACCUAAGAAUAAGAAAAUAUAAAUUUCAUAAACACAAAGCUCUCAUAGAAAAUGUAUAUAUAUACUGAAAAAAAUGACAAUUUAAUCCUGAUAAUUAACCCAAAAGCUGUUCUCUUUAGAUAAGUAUGGACAAAAUCUCUGGCAUAUGUAUGAAUAUGUAUGAAAAUAGUACUAAAAAGCAAAAUGAAAUCUGAAAAUGUUUCCACUCCACAUUACAUACAUGUUAUUUCUAUGGGCAAAUUCUUAUAUAUGUAUUAGCAAUAGAAAGAUCUUAAAUGUAUGCUUUUGCUCAGAAAAAAUUCAUUGUAAAUUGGUGAAAUAUUAUAAUUACAUUAAACUAAAUAAAACCACCCUCCUAAUUACUAUUUACCUUUAAUAACUAUAGAGAAAUUAUCUGCUCUAUGUGUUGAUAGGUAGGAAAUAUUACUAAUGAGAAAACUAAAAUUGUUUCCAAUCGACAAUAAAUAAAACUGAACUGCCCCUUUGAAAGUAGAGCAAGCAUGUUUAACCGAUUAGGAAGCAUGAAAAGGCAAUCAACAGACAGGAAGGUCAGGGGGUGAUCAAUCUUGAAAGAGAACAAUAGCUUCUGCUACUUACGAAAUGUUUAAAUGUGUUAAGCAAACAAAAAAGGAUAAGUAUUCUCCCAUAGAGACGCAGCUGGUCAGCCAAAAAACCAACCACAGCGUCUUCUUGCGAUCCGUACAUAGCUGGUAAUGAAAUGAAAUCCCAUCAAACAAACGGUUGGUUUAGAUGUUAUAAAGAACAUCUCAUUGUUCUGUGUGUCAACUACAAUCAUUUGCUAUGCAUGAAAAAAGAUAGGAAAGCAAUUCAUCUGCUGCAGUCCAAAAACCUCCUAACAACCAUGUAGGUCUGCAACGGUCGCAUGAAAUUUCAAUUGCAAUUUCGAACUCCAAAAGUACCUGCUGUCUGGCAAUGAUAGGUAACUGAUAUUGUGUUAACACGCUUAUUGUUCAGUUGACUUGCGAACGGAAAAGAUUAUAACUAUUGUUUCAACAACAAAGCAAAGCAAUUGAGCACAACAUUGAAAUAUUCCUUUGAUUCGAGAAACAAUAUAGCUAGCCAGACCACACGGAUCAAGGACAUUGAAGCCCCUGUCCUGGAAAACAUUUCUUUUUUUAAGAUUUCACGAUAAAUCAUUUUAAAUUUAUAGAAAAACUUACUAUCACAAUCAUUUUGUUUGCAUAAAAGUCCAGGAACAUAUACAGAAUGAAAAACAUAUUUAUAAUAACCCCUUUACAUCUUUAGAAACUAGACAGACACAAAAAAUGUGGCUGAAGAUGUGACGUCAUUUUGCCAAAGAGACCACACCCAAUUUAAAAAAUAAUUAAAUCUAAUACUAACUAAUGAAAAAAAACUAAAAGUAAGACGUUGCUACCUAAUAUGGCUAAUAUGGAUCCAAUGUUGCAGCCCAGAUGGAUUAUUUGUUGCUAGUGGCAAACCUAUUGGUGCAUUGGAAGUUAAAUGCCCAUAUUCCAAAUAAAACAUGCUGCUAACAGAAGCCAUAAAAAAUGACACCAAUUUCUUCCUGAUGGAGACUGGAGGAAAAUUGUUGUUAAAAAUGAUGCAUGGCUACUAUUUCCAGUGUCAGGGGACUUCAAAUCUUCUCAACCUAGACUAGAUUGACUUUUUUGUCUACACAUAAAUUGACUUUCAUGUAGAACAAAUUGAAAGGGACAAAUCAUUAAGCCUGGUUUCCACUGGGCGAUUAUCGCGAUAAGAUUUCGCUUCUAUCGCGAUAAGAUUUCGCUUCUAUCGCGAU